GGUCACUUUGCAUUUCGACGACACUUCCGAAUGGAGUGCCAUGUCGAGGGCAGCGAGGCGCUGCGUAUCCAAGCCGAGAUGCAGGCAACGGCGUUGGACUACAUGGCGCGGCAGUGCCCGCCCAUCUCACGCGACACGCAAGCCAUCGACGACGGGUUCAAGCUCGCCACCACCAAGGUCGGCCGCGUCUACACGCGGCGCGCCGACAACUCGUCUUUCAACGAGCUCCUCGUGCUCAACACGCUACCCAUGAGCUUGGACGAGGUCGGCGAGCUCCAGCACUCGUCGACCAACGACGCCUUCCGCGUCGAAAUGGCCUUGUACUAUGGCGACGACUUUUUGGACGCGGCCAUCUUGCACUCGUCCGUGACCGCUUCGACCCGCGACCCGUUCCAGUGGUUUGGCGUCAAGUACAAGAAACUCAACAUCCCGGGCAGUGGUUUUACCGACUGCCGCGACAUUGUUUACUUUGAGUAUAUGGCAACCGCGAUCGACGCGGCCGGCCACCGGACGUUGCUCAUCGUGCGCGACUCGAGCUACCUCGAGGGGUACCCCGUGCAACCCCACGUCGUGCGCAUGUACAUCAAGGCGAUCUUUGUCUACACGGAAAUGCCGUCGGGCGAGGUCGCGUCCAUGCACCUUGCGUUUAUGAACCCCGGCGGCGUCGUCCCCGCCUUCCUCUUCAACAAGCUCUUGAUCAAGUACGGCGGCCUUUGCAGCAAGUUUCCUCGCUUCCUCCAGCAAAAGCGGCUCUUGCUGCGCGUGGCGGCCGACGGACCGGCCAAGCGGCACCAAGACCACGGCCGUUGUGUGGCCUGCAACACGAAGAUCUCGGGCUUGAAGGCCCGGUACAACUGCCGCGCGUGCGGAGACGUCAUGUGCGCGCACUGCAUCGUGCAAGUGCCACGACCGCUCGUGACCAAGCUCGCGCCUUUUGUGUCGAAAGACGACUAUUGCAAGCGGUGCUUUGUCGGCAGCAGUCGGCAGCCGAGCUAUGUCGUUGUGCAGUCGCCGAGCCAGAAGGCGGCGCAUUUGGCGCAGCAGCUUGCGCACUCGGAGCGGCCGCGCCGGUCCAAAGCGCACGCGUUGGCGAGCGACAGCAGCACUCGCGUGGCAUCCGGACUGCACCAUACGUCGCCGGGGUUGAGUCGACGGGAAGCAGUAACUACCUCGACCAACGGCGAGACGACAGUGACCACAGUCACCAAGACGCUCGACGACCCGUUCUUUGAGCGCAUGCAGUCGUCGAUCGAGACGCAAAAGCAAAUCGUCCUCGACAUGCGCGAGCGCCUCGCGCGUCAACAGCAACACCAACCCUAAUCGUGAUUCUUUAUAACUUAAAUCGGAGCUAUUUGUUUUGUAUACCA